AUGGCUGAUCAUCCUCUCAGACCAGCUAUUGAUCAUUGCCUUGGUAAGCUAUUACCUCACCAACUAGCUAAUCAUAUGCAAGCCCCUCCUUGGGUGGAUUGCUCCUUUCGCUCCUCAGCCUACAGUGUAUUAGCAGCCGUUUCCAGCUGUUGUCCCCCUCCCAAGGGCAGAAUUUUAUUUUCUUUGUUGAUGCUGAUGCUGAGAAGACAUAACUUGUAUCCAUGGGCUUACUAUUCGCCCGGAGUUACUUCCCAAAAAUAUAAUACAGCCCUCUGCCCCCUUUUAUCAACCCCCAGGCCUCUUAUCCAUUUUGGAUUGAAUCUUCUCAUCAAAAUCGAACAAUUUAUAUUGAAUCGAACAAUUUAUAUUGGGUUUAGGGAUAAUCAGAUUCGAACCGAUGACUUCCACCACGUCAAGAGUGGCAGUAAGAAUGACUUAUCUGUCAACUUUUCCACUAUUACCCCUAAAAAACCAAACUCUGCGUUACGUAAAGUUUCCAGAGUACGCUUAACCUCUAGAUUUGAAAUCACUGCUUAUAUACCCGAUAUUGGCCAUAAUUUACAAGAACAUUCUAUAGUCUUAGUAAGAGGGGGAAGGGUUAAAGAUUUACCUGGUGUGAGAUAUCACAUUGUUCGAGGAACCCUAGAUGUUGUUGCAGUAAAAGAUCAUCGACAAGGGCGUUUCAAAUAUGGAACCAAAAAGCCAAAAUAA